AUGCAACUGUUGACAGUCUCAUUAUCUGACGUCCCCGAUGCAAACGUAGGUGCUGCCGAUCCAGAUGCUGGUGCUGCCGUUCCAGACACUGUUGCUGCCGCUCCAGACGCUGAUGCUGCCGCUCCAGUUCCUGUUGCUACCGCUGUAGACACUGCUGCUGCGGCUCCAGUCGUUGGUAUUAUCGCUCCAAACGCUGCCGUCGUCGAUGAAACACAGCAAAUGUAG